AUGCUGAACCCAGGAGCUGCGCUACUGCUCGGCUCACGCAAUCGCUUGGCACGGGGCAUGCAGGCAUACGGGGAGGCUGCUAGGGAGGACAUGCAGCAGCUAUUGGUGGGUGAUGGCCUGGCGGGAAGAAUGUCCCUCACCUUUGACAUCUGGACCGGUGAGAAUAACGUGGCCUUCAUGGGGGUGACUGCCCACGAUGUCGCCAGCAAUUUCCAGCUGAAACAGGCUGUUAUAGACUUCAGGGAGCUGAAGGGCUGUCAUACGGGGGACUUGAUAGCCGAUGAGCUGGAGGAGGGGUUGAGGGAGUGGGGCUUGGAGAAGAUGCUGUUCGCCGUGACGUGUGACAACGCUGAGAACAACAUCAGGGCGAUGCGUCUGCUGGCUGGUGUACCUGACGCCAGGCCGGGCUCACGGCCUAGGCACCCACCACUGCUUAGUCGCUGGAGGCACUUGACGUACUAUUGGGCCGUCUCCGUAAGGGGUCCUCCGGGUUUGCGGCGAGCAUCGGGUCCGUUGUGCUUGAUCGUGGACUCGCCGACGAGAUGGGGUUCUACACUCAACAUGGUGAACAGGGGCUUCGAGCUGCGCAUGCCUAUUGCCAUGUUUUUCGACGAUUCCGAUCCAUCCAUCAGCAAGGAGAGUCGGAAGGCAUGGGACGCCAUCAGGUUGACGGAUGCACGCUGGGACGACCUCGCUGAGCUCCGAGACUUCCUCACCCCAUUUGAGCAAGUCACCCUCUUCGCCGAGGGUUCCCUGUACCCUACCCUCUCAGCCGUUGUACCGCAGUGCAAUGCGCUGAUUGAUCUGCAGGAGAAGGCAUAA